UCCAUCCGCGCGUCAACAGCAACAGCUAGGAUGUUGCGAUAUCGCUGGCAGCCAAAGAUUGCUGUGGUUGCAGAGAUUAGGCUGCUUGGUCUUCACCUCUGACUAAUAUUUCUCUAGAUGUCAAAUACUGCGGUUUAUUAUUCAGAGCUACAGUAGCAGCAGACAGAGAUUGUAGUUCUCUGUCGUCUCUGCGAUUGUUUGUGUUGACGAGGGGCUGGACCGCGCUACAGCGUUAGCUUACUAAAACCAGAGUUUAAUCGUAAAUGGAAGAAAUUAAAUAGCCUGACGGACAGCUAUGUACCAGCUAACGCUCGCUUCCCUUGACUGAGGAUGGAAAUAUAUUUUCGGGUAGCGCUACCAAACGAGUUACAAGUCGGAAUCAUCGCACUCAAGACAUUAUCUUCAGAGGAUAACCUGGAUAACCUUACACGAAAUGUCAUAGCGCGUAAGUAGCUAGCACUUAGCUAGCUCGGUAAUGGCUUGACGAGAUGGAGAAGGACCUAAUGUUAUCAUCAGCAGCAGCCGACCGUGAGCAGCUGGAUGGAUAGCUAAAGAAGACUUUCUCCGGAGAUGCUUUAGCCUCCUGGGUGGUGUAAUUCACUUACAUAACAGCUAGCCGCUCUAGCUAUCACCAACUGGCUUGUGUUGGCAAGCAAAUGGGAAUUUUGCCACCCAAAAUCGGGGUUGCCUGCACAUCAUCUUAAAUUGACAAAGGCAUCACUGCAGGUUUGAGGCUGCGAACAGACUCACUUGAAGCUUGAGACCCUUUCAAAUGUACAAUCUGACCUGCAUCAUCGUAUCAGUGCAAUAAUUCAGUGCACAGGAAACAAGCAAGAUCAUCUGUUUGUGUUUGUGUGAUUGGGAUCCUCAUCCUGUCAUUGCGACAAGAUGAGGAAGUUCUUUGAUUCCCGACGGGAGUUGGUGAGCUCUGGGCCUGGUUCUGGAGGAGGUGGUGGCAGCUCUGGGUCCAGUCAUGCAGGCGGAAAUUUCAUUGGUAAAUCCUUCAGUGUCGGGAAGCACCAAGUCACUGUGGAGGAGAUCAUUGCUGAAGGUGGUUUUGCGAUUGUGUUCCUUGUGCGAACAAAUCAAGGGGUGCGUUGCGCCCUGAAGAGGAUGUAUGUCAACAAUGAGCAUGAUCUGCAGGUGUGCAAGUGCGAGAUUCAAAUAAUGAAAGACCUUGUUGGUCACAAGAAUAUUGUGGGCUAUCUGGACUCCAGUGUCACAGCGAUGGGCUCACGGGAUGUAUGGGAAGUUUUUAUCCUUAUGGACUUCUGUAAGGGAGGACAGGUGGUCAACUUGAUGAAUCAGAGGCUGCAGACCGGCUUCACCGAGGCGGAGGUCCUGCAGAUCUUCUGUGACACCUGUGAUGCUGUUUCUCGCCUGCACCAGCGCAAGCAACCCAUCAUCCAUAGAGACCUUAAGGUGGAGAACAUCCUCCUGCAUGACAAGGGUCAUUACGUGCUGUGUGACUUUGGGAGUGCGACCAACAAGUUCCAGAGCCCGCAGACUGAGGGAGUGGCUGCCGUGGAGGAAGAGAUCAAAAAGUACACCACUUUAUCAUAUCGUGCCCCUGAAAUGGUGAACCUCUACAACAAUAAGAUUAUCACAACAAAGGCAGAUGUCUGGGCGUUGGGCUGUUUGCUGUACAAGUUGUGCUUCUUCACUCUGCCCUUUGGUGAAAGCCAGGUGGCCAUCUGUGAUGGCAGUUUCACAAUUCCUGACAACUCCCGCUACUCUUACGAUCUACACUGCCUCAUUCGAUACAUGCUGGAGCCAGACCCUGACAAAAGACCAGAUAUCUACCAGGUGUCCCACUUUGCUUUUAAACAAGCUCAGCGGACCUGCCCUGUUCAGAAUGUGAAGAAUUCUGCAAUUCCUACCAAACUACCCGAGCCAAUCAAAGCGAGCGAGGCUGCUGCAGCAAAGAAGAGCCAGAAUAAGCCCAGACUGACAGAUCCAGUCCCCACCACCGAAACCUCCAUCACCCCUCGCCAGAGGCCCAAAGCAGCCCAUACUCAGCCUGCGGCUGGCAUCCUCCCCAUCCAGCCUGCUGCUCUCACCCCUCGCAAGCGAGCUAAUCUCCCUGGUGGUGCAGCUCAGCCUGUGGGAGUCAGCUUAGACCUCUCCCAGCCAGCUGCAGCUCUGCAGUCACAGAAGGCUCAGACUUCACCUCUGCCUCUCAUCCAGUCACAAAGCAAUUCAAGUCAGGCUGCAGCUCAGCAGAAGCAGCCGGUGCAGCUAGCCACGGCUCCAUCAGCAGAGACAGCAGCAGCAGCUACAGCAGUCGUGUCACCAGUGAUCAAAGCAGACGUCCAACCACAAGCACAGCCAACAGUCCAGCAGCAGACCACUCCUCCCUCAGUGGUCGGCACCCCUUCCCAGCAGGCUGAUCAGACUCCAUCCAGCCCCGCCCCCCCUCAGCGCCCAGCUCGACGUAAGCAGGGAGGCCAGGCUCCGCAGUCAGCAGCUCAGGCUUCACCCGUCAAAUCAGCCCCGAGUCAGCUGCAGGGAUCUCAGAAGCAGCAGGUAGCGCAGCCCUCUGCAGCCCAGGCUCCGUCUGCCUGCACUGAGAUCAGCCAAAAAGCAGCCGAUAUGACUCCGCCUGCUUCUCCAAAGACGACUGAAGAACGAGGCCAUCAGCGCACACCGAGUGAUGCCACACUGAUUAGUGUCGCUGGUGACCUCACACAGCAGCCACAGGGAGCUAAUGGAGACGCUGCACUGAACCUAUCAAUUACAUCCCCACCAAACACCACUCAUUCCACUGGUGGUGAAGCAGCACAGGACCAGAGCAUAGCUGGAUCCACUCCUACACAGCCUGCAUGGAACCCGUUUGACGAUGAUGGCUUCUCCGGCCUUGCUGGAGAGGAAGCCCAAGCUGAAGAAGCAAAGCCUGCUGAAUUAUCCCCAGAAACUGAGCCAGCACUCUCUGAGGAGCUGAUUCCAGGCCUGCAGGCCUCAACUAUGGACGAUACCCCCCCAGAGACUGCUGCAGCCAUUGUUGAUUUGGAUUGUGGGGGUUCAUUGUUGGUAGUGCCAGGUGGUUUCCGUACCCUGGAACUGUCGGAUACACCAGAGAAGCUGAUUGAAGGACUCAAAUCUCCAGAACCGUCUUCACUCAUGCUUCCAGACCUCCUGUCGUUGUCUGAUCCCUUCGGUGGCUCUGUGGAGGAGUCUGCAAAAGACCCUCUGACUGCAGAUGACUCUCUGCUGGGCUGCUCUCUGAUCUCUGGUCCAUCCGCCCCUCCGGCAGCAGGCAGCGCCACCUCCUCCGUCUCCUCUGCUCCCACCUCUGCUGCCUCGGCUUUAGAUGAUUUCAGUCUGUUGUCUGGAGACUCUGGACAGCCUAGAGCUGACUCAUCUCUUCUGAUCUCAGACUUCGAGCCGCAGCAGGCGGGGGCAGAGGCUGGCGAAGAGGAUGAAUUUGAUCCCAUUCCUGUCACAGGCCGAAAGAACUCGCAAGUUUCAGGAGGCCACUCGCGCAGUAACAGUGGCGGCUCUGAAUCCAGCCUGCCCAGCUUGGCUCGCUCCCUGAUGCUGGUGGACCAGCUCAUCGACUUGUAGACGCCCACCCAGCCCCCCACCCCUCCCAUAGAAGCUGUAACACUGGAUUAUAGACUGGCAUAGCAUAACAGCAAUCAACACUGUUGUCAUAGCUAGCUCCCUGCACCCUCCUAGCUGUCAUCGCCAUUCUAGUUGCUACAGUAGAAACAGCCUUUGCAUUUCAGAGCUUCUUCAUCCCCACUCUCUCUGCCAUAACAACUGCAUUAUCUGCUUCUCCUCACCUCUCAUCUCUCACCUCCUCAAUCACAUUUUCUCUUUGUUGUACUCUCUGCAUAUCAUGUUCCAUCCACCGGUUAAAAAGUGGCCAGUAGACUAACAUCAUCCUUUCUAAGCAUUACAUCUCUCUUUCAAUCAGGAUAUGAUAUUGCUAUCCCAUUUGUUUGAACAAUAUUGCAUUAUGUCUAAUAGCAAACAAUAGAAGAUCAUUGUUGUAAUGUACAAUAGGCAUAGUUAUAAGUGGUCGUAGUUAUUAUGGUGCACAAGUGAAUUUGUCGUCGUUUGCCUUUUUAAAUUCUCUUCCCCAGAUUUAUUUUCACAUUUUAGAGUCGGAUCAUAAAGAAGUGAAGUGACCAUUUGUUUCAAUAACGUCCGUUUACUUCUCCUGUGAAGGGAAACUUAGUCAUGUAGCCGGAUUUGCACAGUAGCAUAAAUGUUACCUCUGUCAGGGCUGUUGGAUGGAAUAUCUUAAGCUGCUAUUGAUAAGACUGAAAGAGGACAUCAGAGUUAGCAUGUAAUCGGAAACAAAACAGCCAUAACCAUACGUCCCCCUAAAACACAACGCUAAGUUACUGUGAGGAAAAGAGGAGCGAGACACUGAGGGCCUGGUCUUAAACCUAACACACAGCAGUGCAAUAAUCUACGCUUGUUAACAACUGACAGAGUUUCAAACACUUAAGUAGCAGAUGUGUUAGCACCCACUUGUGCACCUAUGAUACUUGUCCAAAAAUGAGGUGCAAAUAGUACUGCGCUGUUACAGGUAAUGGGUGAUCCCAUUCCCUUUAGUGGAAUUAAUGUGUGGGUGCUGGUUUAGCUCUGUGUGCACACCAGGUACAGAGGUUGCAGUCCUCAAUGCAGCAGCCGCAGGUUUGACUCCCAGACAUAUCCUGUCUCUCUUCAGCUGUCCUGUUAAAGCAAAAAUGGCCCAGAGUAGGGAUGCAUUGAUGAAUUGGUUGGACAUCAGUAUCAGCUGAUAUUGGGCCAGCUGAUUGAAAUGAGCCCAUCAGAAAAUAAUGUGUUUUGCAGGGAUGUCAGGAGCUGAUGUUUAUCUGUGGUCUCACAUGAAUUUAAAGCUGGGAAGAUAGUACGCCUAACUGCUGAUUCAGACAUUUGAGCAGAAGACGUCACCUGCUGGACAAAAACUGAUUCGUUUUCAUGGUCCAACAUGAAAGAGAGUGUCAGCAGUGUGGGUGUAAAACACUGUCGCAGAGAAAGACCAGAGACAUGCAGUUUGUAAGACAUGUUCUUGUGACAUUUCAACAGGGAGGACUACUAAUGCUUCAAAUCUCAUGGCUCAUUUUAAAAACAGACACAAAGAGGUAAUGCCAAAAACAUUGGCAUUAGAAUCUGCUAUUAUUUUAAACAUCGGUAUCAGCAUCAGCUCUGAUUUCACAAUCAGUGCAUCUCUUGCCUGAAAGCAUAACUUCAAAAAGAAAAAAGUGCCCAUAAGACAGCUUUGAAUAACCGAGGGAUCAGCGAGCCACUAGAUUAUGAACUGCUUAACUGGCCAGAGUAGGUUUUAUGCACCCUUAAUGCACUUGCGCCGCGUGUCUUUUGUUUUGGACCAUGCGCUUUGUAACUAAUAUAGGUUAUAAAUACACUUAAAUAGGGCCCUAACAGUUUGCUUGAACAGUCUAAUCAGCAAAGUGCCAUAAAAUAAUAUGUGGCACAGAAGAGAGAAGAGAGGAGCUUUGCCAGUUUAGUAGCUGAACUCUAAAUAAAACUAAUCACUCAGCGAGGACCUGCUCUCAUUUGCUCACGUUUGUGAAAGCAAUAGUUUAUCAUGGAAUGAAAUGGGGGAAUAAUAUGGGUCAUAACAGUGUGUACAGGAGCGUGCCAUAUCAGUAGAAAAUGCAUGAGAAUAAUUUGAGUAAUCAGCAGUAAUAGCUAAUAGUAGAAAUACAGUAGCUGUUCUAUAGAGACCAUUAGAGACUAUUCAGGUACUUUUUGGCACAAGCAGAAACGGUCUAAUACGACAUUUAAAAAAAAGAUUUCACUCACUUUUGUUUUUUUCUUAUGUCACCACAAGCAUUCAUCCACAUUGUGCAAUCCUUCCUACAUUCCUGUCAUUGUUUACUCCUUAUUUAUGUAAAUAAAUAUCUGCGACCCCUGCAGGCUCUUAUCCAGACCAUAGAGCUGGUUCUUCCUCCCCUGUAUAUAUGAAGUCAUUGUCAUAAAGCUUUACUUGUGGAAAACAUAUUGCUUUACUUGUGAAAUCUCGUAUAUAUAUCUUUAUAUAUACAUAUGAUCUGUAUAUAGAUAUAUAUAUGACUGAAAAUGACAUGGUUUUCCUGUUAAUAAAUGUUAAUAUGAAUAGAGUGUUAGAGAAUGAAUGUAAGAAAUAAAUAUUAGUCUAUAAUAAAAAAUAUCUACGAUUCUUAACACCAUAAUCACUGAAUAAUAUUGAAGAAUAUAUACAUAUUUCAUUCCUCUUUGUGGAGUUGUGUGUUGAGAAAGUUUUUUUUCUUGGUUAUAUCUGCCCUACUAUUGUCAGUACAUUAUAAUGUAUAGCUGAUAAUCCUAGUCUUUGUUCAACCUGGAGAUUAGGCCUGAUCCCGUGUCUUAUUCCCCCUCCUCUUCCUCUGUGAACAGAAAAGUGAGCCUGUGUUCUGUUUGUUGAUGAAGGAUUAUAUUUUUAUUCCAAGCCGUUUUUUGGAAAAGUGUGCGCUGACUCUCUCGUAGUCCUGUUUCAUUUCAGCGCUGAACUAGAACUUUUUCUGAAACUUGUGCUUUGUAAAGCUUUGUUUUUGCUUUACCGGUUGGUUUUAGUGAUCACAGAGUUCAUAUCAAAAAGCAUGGCAGUGUCUUUGAAUGUUAUGUUCAUGUUGGUAUACAGUGUUAAGAUAAGUAUGUGUGAGUGUGCGUGGAGUCAGAAUUGUUGGAUGUGUUUUUCUGGUAGCCUACUUGUGUUGUUGUUUGCUGCAAAACGUGGCGACAGUCAUGAACACGUCGUCAUUAAAAUCUCUUCUGAAAGCACAGCCCCCCUCCCUCUCUCUAAAUUCUCUCAGGAAGUCAGAGCUACAUCACUCUCUGAGAUAUGUAUUGGCUUACUGCUCCCCAGUCUCUCUGUCCGCUGGAAGCCUGCGCUCCAUAUUACAGUGUAGAGAAAUAGUCUGAUAGCUGAUGUGUGAGGGGCUCUGUAACGUGUGAAAGGGUUAAAGAUACAACACUGCUGCUGCAGCAUCCAAUCAGCUGUCCAGGGUUUGGAAAAUCAGCUCCAAUCAGCAAUAUAAAUGUUUCUGUAGGAUCAAACAAAAGUUAGUUUUCUUCUCACGCAUGACACAGUGAGAAGACUACCUCCACCUCCUCUUUGGCUUCAUGUCAUGUUAAAGUAACAUUCAUGGUACUGUUUGUUUUAUCAGGAGAUCCAUCGCAAAUACUCCUUUCUGGAAAGUUCUAGAAGAUGCAAGAGUUAUAUUCAGAAACACAUAAGUCACAUUGUAGUUCAAAAUGCACAAACAUUUUUGGUUAUGCACAUAGUGGCUUAUUUUAUUCUGUUUGGUAAUUAAAAAAUAGAAUAAUCAUUGACUUCACAUAAAUAUGGACGGUACACCUCCCCACCUCGUAAGAAAAAGUGAAGCCAGAUUAAUGCCACAAUGGGUGCUCCCAUAUUGCACUGAGCGAUUUGGCUGGUGGAGCCGCAGGAUUAAUGUUACACUCCAGGCAUUCAACUUACAGAUGAAACAUCACAGCAGAACAGAUUCUUGAGCUGAUCCAAAGUAUACACUCUUAGCUAUAGAAAGUUCAAUGACUCUUGCCUAAGUUUAAGAAGGAGCCGCAUUCCUCAACAGAGCUGUCAAUCAUGAUGUCACAUCCCCCUCUCUGUGACGUCUAAUAACUAAAUAAAACAAAACCUCUCUAAAAAUGAAGACUUGCGCAUUAGUCAGCAUGAUAGAAACUAACUUUCAUGACAGAAAACAUGUUGAAGAUACAUUUAUUUGAGAUGCAUUUUCAUUUUCUACUUUGACCCAUGUUCCAUCUGUUUUAAUGGAGGAGGCAGGCUUUGAGACCUGAACUGCAGCCUGUCUGCAGGAACAGAUGUGAAAGAUCUGGCUUUACCUAUAGGGACCUGUUGUGUCAUCCAUAUUUUAUUUGGUCUAUAGGAAUGAUAUAUAGAAACCUCUUAAGUGACUGAAGUCAAAAGCAGUAGAAAAAAAGUCCCAAAAAUAAAAUAAAAACCUUUAAAACUGAAUAUUUGAAUUUAGUUUCUAAGUGUGUUGUUUAAAGCCCACCACAGUUUUGUACACUAACCUUUAAAUUGAGAGUAUUUUCAGUGGAUCUUGUGAUUAAAAUUCUGAAUUAAAUCAUUUACUUCUAAAAAUGAUUUUAUGAAAAAUAAAGGAGCAGCUGAUUUUAAAGUGACACUCUCGGGUGUACUGACGUGUACAAAAAGAAGGUAUACUUUUCUUUCUUUAUCAUCCUCUUUAUGAUCCUUCCAUCAAACAACUCCAUCUUUUGCAGUCAAUGUUUGAACCUAUGCAACUCCCGAGCUUUCUCCCUGUAGCCGCCAAUGUGCUGUUGUGAUCGGUGAAGCCAAGCACCUCGUGAGAUUAGUCCUCGAUGUGAAACAGAAGCCCCUCGUUUCCUCUGUUGUUUUGCCAAAAAUGGAAGCUGUCGAUUAUCUGAAACUAGUGAGUGUUUUUGAGACGCCUCUUUGUCUUUAUGGCCCAAACCUGCGUCAGAGCUGUGGUAUCGUGUGCUCCUUCUAUUUUUGUGAGAUAAUUAAAGAAUUAUAAAGGGAUGGCAAAUAAAAUGCAAAUGUGAAUGUCAA